UUCGAUAUUGCGUUCGAUUCUAUUCUAAACUUGCUGAAUGUUGGAAUAUUAAAAACGAAUAAGGAGAAGCCUCUUACUUCAGAACAGAUUAACAAUAAUAUAAAUAAAUUAAGAGGAAAGCUUUCGAAACCUCUAGACGAAAUGGUACCUGCAUCAAUGCCUUUUGUUAUACAGGAAGAAUGCUGGAAAGAAAGUGAUGAUAAACUUAUAGAAGUUACGAAAAAAAUUUUGGAGACAUUUAAAAAUAUUUGGUGCAAUCCAGCCUUUCGUCCUGAAUUUUUUAAGUCAUUGAAUGAAGGCACCUACGUAAAUAAUAUUAUUGUUUUAUUAAUUAAUGCUGUUUUGUAUAACAAUCCUUCUGGAGAAUUAGCAUUUAUCACCACUCUCGCAAGUGCGAAUAGAAGAGGUGAUGGAAGAAUGGGGAGGAAACCUGACAUUAUGUUCAUAACUAAAGAAAAUGAAGACGACGAUUAUGUGAAAUUAUGGCAUGAGGUUAAUGAUGGGAUGUUCUGGGUGCAUAAAAGUCACAGAUUAACAAAAAAACAAUGUGGUAUCAUAGGAAUACAGGUAACAGGGUGUACAUUGCGUUUAAAUACACUUAUUAGAGAUGAGGUCGAAGUGCAUCGAUAUUAUAAAUUACGAGAAUCGAAGAUUCCUAUUCAAUAUUCUAACGACUCUUCCAUUUUAACAGAAAUU